UCUCGAAUAAACACUCGGUCAAUGGCGCGGAGUGGGCUGGCCCAUAACCGUGAAAUAGUAGGAUCACAUGGAGCAGGCGCGUUUGGAAUCACUCCCCUGGCCGGCGUGCUUGGCCGUGCGCGAGAACAUCCUGCCGUCCGGUGUCCCGCAUAUCCCGCUCCUGGUCGAGGACAUCCCUCGUUACACGUCCCUGCCCGACUACAGGGAGAAUUGCGUCAAGAGCGUGCAAACGAUCGGCGAGAUUGUGCCCGGCGCCGGGCGAGUCGCCUCCUUGCAAAGUGUCUCGGCGGGUCGCGAGGCGAGGAUCACCCUGAGCCUGGAGACACUUCCCCCGCACGCUGUCUACCUCCAGGACGAAGAGGGCAAGUGGCAGUAUAUAUGGGAGAAGUGUCAUAUUUUCAAAGUUUUCGGAACGCUGGAGCAGAGGGAAAAUGAAGUUGUACUGGUAGCUCACAAACUGUUGAAAGUCCAAGACGUGCGUGGCAGUUUGGAAACAUUAGCGUUGUUAUCUACGGCAGUCCGUCCCAUGUAUUACCAGUACAAAAAGUUGCAGGUAUCUUCCAAGUAAAAAAAAUUGAAAUAAGGCCAGGCGUUUAAAUGAAUCUCCCAUCUUGCCGGGCGU